GGAGUGGUUGCACUCUCCCCAGACAACUGAAACAUGGAGGAGAAGGAAACACAGGGAGUGAGGAUUUUCAACAUCAACGUUCACAGAGAGAGAGAGACAUGGAGGGAGAGAGAGAGGGGCAGGCAUGUGUGCUCCUCCUCAGCAGUGAUAAAACAUCACUGUGAGACAAGCAUCAUUGAAGUGGAUCCACCAUGAAAGUACAGAUCCUGGGAGCAGCGGGUCACGACAGACUGGAGACAAAGAGCCGAACCACAGGGACGAUGGUGAGGAGGACGACGAGAGCUCUAUGGCUGGUGGUGGGCAACAUCAUACUGUCUGUGCUGCUGGUGGUGCUAGGAGUCUACACAACCACACGCACCGAGAGCCUGAAUGUGACCGGGUACAUCCCUGGAGUUAUUCUGACACUUGGAUCAUUCCUCGGACUUUUGGGACUGUGCCUAGAAGAAAACCGCAAGCAGCUGCUGACAGCUGCGAUCAUGUUCCUCAGCUUUGGGAUCAUCACUGCUCUCCUGUGCCUGGUGAUUGAUGGCGUCUGUAUCCUCUUAAACAUGGACAUGCGUCCACUGAGAGCAGAGCGAUGUCAGUAUUACAGCAGUGGCAACAGCUACAUCUAUGAGAAUUUCUAUACAUCUGUGCCCUGUUGGAAUCUAAAUGAGUCGUGUACCAUGACGGUACGAAGUGGAACGUGCUACUGCUGCGAUCUGUAUGACUGUGCCAAUGGAGGCUACCUCAGCAACUACUAUGAAUUUGUGGGAAUACAAAGCUGCGAGGACGUUUUCACUCUUUACAUUUUGAUUUGGACGCUCACCGUGCUGAACCUUGUGGCCUUCUUCACAGGGAUUCUCAUCACGGCUGUGCUCGGAAGCAUCAAGGACUUGAGGAGCAGCCUCCCUGUGUCCGAGGACUCUGAAAGCCCAGCAACUUCCCCCACAGCUCCUCAGCUAAUGGACGCCAACACACACACAGUUCAUCGGCUCUACCCUGAUGCAUCGAUGUAUUUUUCUCCGGCAGAAAACACAGAAGCUUCACAGAAUCGUCCUCCAUCGUCUUCGUCCAGUCCUCCUCCUCACUUCACGCCAAUGACAAACCCGCUGCUUUUCAAAGUCCACGGCUUCUAGGCAAAAACAGAAGCUUUUUCACCAGAGAACGGUUGAAAACCAUAGUAAACAGAUGCUUUAUUGGGUGAUUAAUGUUGUUAUUAUUAUUAUUAUUAUUAUUAUUAUUAUUAUUAUUAAUAAGAGUUGACAAUGUUUUUCAAACGGCUUUGAACUGUAUGCAGAUAUAUUAAGAUGCUUCAUGGACAAUGCUUCCUACUGCAUUAUACUUUUAAGUUUUUACGAUAUAUACCACUUAUAUGCUCUAUAACAAAAAGUCAAUACAUGUGUUUAUCAGUGCACUGCAUAACUCAAACCUAAAUGAUUAAAUCAGUGCAUAAAUCACCAAAAUUGGAACCUCAGGGGCGCAACAAUUUAUUAUUAUUAACAGCCAUUAGUUUUAGUCAUAAUAUAUUAAAGGUCAAUGCUUUACAUAAGGAGUUUAUUGUCCAUUAAGUUUUAUGCUUCAAAAAAUGAUUGCACAUAUUAAAUAUUUAAUAAAGUUUCUGGUUGAACUGCA